CGGGACAGCCCUGUCCCUCCCCGACUUCCCUUGCUCCUGCCGGCAGCUGGAACCAUGGGAGGCGGCGGGGGCAGCGGUGUCUUUCUCGCGCUGUGUGUCUUGCUGACUCUGUCGGAAGCCGAAUCGCAGAACUCCGGGGGCUGUGCCCGGUGGUGCCCUCCGAACGCCACAUGUGUCGAUCGCAAUGCCUGUCGCUGCAAGCCGGGAUUCGUCUCCUCGUCUGAAGAGAUCUUCACCGACCCCACGGUGACUUGCGAUGACAUCAAUGAGUGUGCGCCACCCACGAAGGUGUUCUGCGGAAAACUCGCAGACUGCCAGAACGUGGAAGGGAGCUACUACUGCACAUGCAGCCCAGGAUAUGCGCCCACCUCUGGGCCAAAAACGUUCCACAGUGAGAAUGAGAACACGUGUCAAGAUGUGGACGAGUGCAGCUCCGGGCAGCAUCGCUGCCACCCGUCCACCGUGUGCACCAACACCGUGGGAUCGUACAGGUGCCGCUGCCGCCCAGGCUGGAAGCCCAAACCUGGGCUCCCGAAUAACCAGAACAUCACUGUCUGUGAAGAGACGCCCUUUACCAACUGGACCCCGCCUCCGGGCAUCCACAGCCGGACUCUUUCCCGCUUCUUCGACAAAGUCCAGGAUCUGGGUAAAGACUUCAAGCCGGACUCGGCCAAGGACACCAUCCAGAAGCUCAUCGAGUUGGUGGACGAGCUGAUGGAAGACCGUGGGGAUAUGGACGACCUGGCCCCUCCCGUCCGGCACUGCAUAGCCACCCAUCUGCUCUCGGGCCUCGAAGACGUCCUGAGGGCCCUGGCCAAGACCAUGCCUGAAGAGCCCGUCACCUACCGUUCCCCCUCGGGCACAGAGCUGUCCCUGGUAAUCCAGGAGCAGGGGAACAAGAAUGUCACCAUGGGUCAGAGCCACGCACGGAUGCUGCUGAACUGGGCUGUAGCAGCGAGAGCCGGGGACCCGGGCCCCAGUGUGGCAGGCAUCUUCUCCAGCCAGAACAUGGAGGAACUGCUGGCCAACGCCUCCUUGGACCUGGAGCCCGAGAAGCAAGCCCAGCUGGAAGAGAUCCAUGAAGGUCCCGUCCACGGCGCCCAGGUCAGGAUCCUCUCAGCCGUGAACUCUGUCUUUCUGAGCAACACCAACACUGAGAAACUGGCCUCUCCCAUCACUUUCGCCUUCUCCCACACGCACCCACAGCACAAGACGCCUGGGAGUAGGGAGGAGCUCAUCUGUGCCUUCUGGAAGAGUGACAGCCACAGAAGUAGACACUGGGCCACCACAGGCUGCCGGAUGUUGGGCAGCCAGAAUGGCAGCACCACCUGCCAAUGCAGCCACCUGAGCAGCUUUGCCAUCCUCAUGGCACACUACGACGUGCAGGACUGGAAGCUGGCCCUGAUCACCAAGGUGGGACUGGCGCUGUCGCUGGUCUGUUUGCUGCUGUGCAUUCUCACCUUCCUGCUGGUGCGGCCCAUCCAGGGCUCGCGCACCACCAUACACCUGCACCUGUGCAUCUGCCUCUUCGUGGGCUCCGCCAUCUUCCUGGCGGGCAUCGAGAACCAAAGUGACGAGGUGGGGCUGCGCUGCCGCCUGGUGGCCGGUCUGCUGCACUACUGCUUCCUGGCCGCCUUCUGCUGGAUGAGCCUCGAAGGCCUGGAGCUCUACUUCCUCGUGGUGCGCGUGUUCCAGGGCCAGGGCCUCCGCACGCGCUGGCUCUGCCUGAUCGGCUACGGCGUGCCCCUGCUCAUCGUCGCCAUCUCGGCGGCCUCCUAUAGCGAGGGCUACGGCCGCACCAGCUUCUGCUGGUUGUCCCUUAAGCAUGGCUUCCUCUGGAGCUUCCUGGGACCCGUGAUCUUCAUCGUUUUGUGCAAUGCUGUCAUCUUCGUGACUACUGUCUGGAAGCUCGCUCAGAAGUUUUCUGAAAUCAGUCCGGACAUGAAGAAAUUGAAGAAGGCCAGGGUGCUGACCAUCACCGCCAUCGCCCAGCUCUUCGUGUUGGGCUGCACCUGGGCCUUCGGCCUGUUCCUCUUCAACCCACACAACUGGGUGCUCUCCUACCUCUUCACCAUCCUCAACUGCGUGCAGGGCGUCUUCCUGUACUUGCUGCACUGCCUGCUCAACCGGAAGGUGCGAGAAGAGUACCGGAAGUGGGCCUGCCUAAUUGCUGGGAACAAGUACUCCGAGUUCGCCUCUUCCACAUCUAACACAAGCCACCAUCAGAUGACUCGGGGCCUCAGGCCGUCAGAGUCCGGCAUGUGAGCCCAGCCUGGGAACCCGCAGUUCAGGCCACCCUAGCAGCUCCUGUGGCCUCAGCAGCUUUUGCACAUGCCGAAGACCGUCCUCUCCUCUCCUCCCACUCUGCUCCCCCGACUGUGUGCGCCACAGAGACAGGGCAGCAGCUGUACUCUGGCACCGAACUCCACAACGCCCAGGGAGGUGGAAAGUCAGAGCCGCUGGUCCUGCUUCUGGCUGCCUCUUUGCCCCAACCCAGCUGUGCCCCAGGGUGGGACAGGUGCUGACCCAGGGCUGCAGCCCAUCGCCCUGGUACGUGCAGCCAGUACUGGGGACAGACUGAGGGCUCUUGCCCAGCCUGGCCUUUUCCUCUCAUCUGUCUUUGCUGCAGACCAGGCAAGGCCACUGGGGUUCAACUCCCCCUCUUUAAGUUAAGACUGAUGUCAGAGGCCAGGGCAGAGCCCCUGCCCGAGGCUCACGGUACAGAGGCCUGCCUGCCCCGGGCAGCGGGUCUCACUGUUUUGAAGGUUGUGGAUGUUGUGUACAUUGUUUUUAUCUGUAUGAAUCUUUCGAUGUUGACACUUAAA